UCUCAUUUUGUCCACGUUAUUUGAAAAGGGCGUCCCAUGGAAAAGCAUUCUCGACGCAAUUUGACAAGAAUAGAAUAUUUGAUAUUGUAGAGUUGGGUGAAUAAAGAUGAAAAUAGUAUCCUAUGCGAGGCAAUUAUUGUUUUCAAAGCCUACUACGUUUUCAAAGAGAACUUUUGCCUCCACAACACAACCCUCUAAGGAAGAAACCAAUGGAGUGGAAGAAAUGGUAGGUACUCUUUUGGAUUUCUUUGUUGAAAGUCGUUGUUACGGUUUUUGGAAGACUUUUUUACAAAGUGUUUCCUAUUUUUACGAUCGAGCUGCUCAGCUGACUGAUUUUCCUAAAGAAAUGCUGCACUAUAUAAAGACUUGCAAAUCCGUCAUACAAGUUAACUUUCCCAUCGAGAAGAGAGAUGGAACUGUGGAAAUGAUCCGUGCCUACCGUGCUCAUCAUAGUGAACAUCGUUUGCCUACCAAAGGAGGCAUCCGAUUUGCAGACAAUGUGACGGAAGAUGAGGUCAAGGCACUUUCAGCAUUGAUGACUUUUAAGUGUGCUGUUGUUGAUGUACCCUUUGGUGGAGCCAAGGGAGGAGUGGUUAUCGAUUCAAAGAAAUAUGGCAACUACGAACUGGAAAAAAUUACUCGUCGUUAUACUGCAGAACUGAUCAAGCGAAACGCUAUUGGCCCAGCAACCGAUGUGCCAGCUCCUGAUUAUGGUACCAAUGCAAAGAUAAUGGCUUGGAUCAAAGAUACUUAUAUGGCUUUGCGUCCAGCAGAUAUCGAUGGUGUUGGUUGUACUACAGGAAAGCCAGUACAACAAGGAGGUAUUCGAGGCAGAGAAUCGGCAACUGGUUUAGGUGUCUAUUUUGGUAUUCGAGAGUUUGUUUCCAAUUCAGCCCUUAUGAAUCAGCUUGAGUUGAAACCUGGUGUUGAAGGAAAGAGAGUAAUUGUUCAAGGUUUGGGAAAUGUUGGUUAUUGGGCUUGUCAUUUCUUGCGAAAGUAUGGAGCAAAGGUUGUCGGUGUUGCUGAAUACAAUGGCGGCAUCGUGAAUGAAGAGGGAAUCAACACAGAAGAUUUAAAGAAAUAUCUUUCCAAACAUGAUACAUUCAAAGGUUUCUCUGGUGGUCGUUUUGUUUCGAAUCCUGCAGAGCUUCUCGAACUUGACUGCGACAUUCUAAUCCCAGCUGCCCUCGAAGGGGUUAUCAAUCAAAGCAAUAUGAAAAAUAUUAAAGCACCGAUAAUUGCCGAAGCUGCAAAUGGUCCAGUUACUGCCGGUGCUGACGAAUACUUGUCCAACAGGGGUCAUUUGAUCAUUCCAGACUUGCUUUUGAAUGCUGGUGGUGUCACAGUAUCCUACUUUGAGUGGAUUAAGAACUUGGCUAAAAUGCGUUUUGGACGAAUGACUCGUCGUUUCGAAGAGAGUUCAAUGAGAACUGUUAGCGAUGUUCUAGAAAGACAUGGAAUUGUGUUGACAGAGGGAGAAAAGAAGCUUUUGGUGGUUGGAGCUGAUGAAGAAUUAUUGGUACAAUCUGGUUUAGAAGAUACAAUGGUAGUUGCAGCACAAGAGUUGGUUAAUAUUGCAAAGGAGAAAAAUGUUACUCAUCGAGUGGCUGCCUAUUACGAUGCAAUACAUAAAAUUACGGGAGUAAGCGGUCCAUUGCUUAUUGCCUUGUGUUUCGAUACUUACCCUUUUUCUUUUUAGGACUACAAACAUGCUGGUAUUUUCCCAUGAUUAUUGUUUGGUACCCAAGUUGUGUUGGAUUUGUUUGCAAAAUGUUCAAAUAAACUUUGUUAGAAUAUUUUUUUGGUUCAAAACAAAAUAGAAACUUGGUCUUGAUUGGGACAUUCCCUUGUUUU